AUGCUGGAAGAGCUUGGUUUCUGGUGUUCAAAGGAAGAACUGCUGCACGACAAUCCCUUGGAUUUUAACCGCCCCAAUCCGCUUCUGUUGGUCGACGACAAUUGGUUCGCAGAUUGUGAUCCCGAUUUACUAAAGACGAUCGAGUGGUACCUUACCCGUGCUUUUAUUGAGAGCCACGAGCUCGCUUACAGUUUCUGUCGAUUCUCGACCUGCACGUUGGCGCUAGAGCAACCUCGAAUCAUGGGUGCAUGUACACUGACCGAUGGUGUUUACUGCUGGCCAGAAGGCUAUUGGCAUUAUGUAAGUCACCAUCACGUGAAGCCACCACAAGAAUUUCUCAAUCACCUCGUGGACAGAUACGGCACGAUAGCCGAGAUGACGAGAAAAGCGAGGGAUGAGAAGAAGCUGCUGCUGUGGGAUGAUACAGAGCACAAAGCUGUUGAGAUGCCACAUGCAAUGCAAGAAUGGAUCACAAGCUUCACAACUGUUCAAGUCACUCGUGACAGUGUAGCAAAAGGAUGGAAUCUACCUCGGCAUAGGGGCUUGAUUCGUUAUUUCACAUGA